AUCUGAACCACACUCUCCUUUGCAAAUUCGUUCUUUCCGUCAAUUUUUUAUUCCUUUUAUAAUUCCCCUACCAGCGACUCCGAAGUCCACAGAACGUGUUCUUAAAGAGAACAGGGAGACUCGGAGAAAAGUCAAUCCUCCGACUGAAUCUCUCCCUCCGUUUCUCUCCCAAAACCUUCCUCUUCAGCUCGCCGGACAGUCAUGAGCUCGCUUGCUCAGGGUUUGACCAAGUCUCUUGCCAUGACGGUGCUGUCGGAGAUUGGCGACAAGACGUUUUUCGCCGCUGCGAUAUUGGCAAUGCGCCAUCCAAGGAGAUUUGUCCUAUCAGGUUGCCUGGUAGCUUUAAUCGUGAUGACUAUUCUCUCUGCUGUUGUUGGCUGGGCUACUCCAAAUCUGAUCUCUCGCAAAUGGACUCAUCACAUAACAACAUUGUUGUUCUUUGGUUUUGGGCUAUUUUCUUUAUGGGAGGGAAUUAAGGAGGGAGGGGAAUCUGAGGAAUUGGCUGAAGUUGAAGCAAAGUUGGCUAAUGAUGAACCGAAAAAGAAGCAUUGGCCAUUUCUGACACAGUUUUUUUCCCCCAUAUUUUUGAAGGCAUUUUCCCUAACAUUUUUUGGUGAAUGGGGUGACAAGAGCCAGUUAGCUACCAUUACGUUGGCUGCAGAUGAGAAUCCAUUUGGUGUGGUUCUUGGUGGGAUUGUAGGACAAGCUUUUUGUACCACUGCUGCUGUACUUGGAGGAAAAAGCUUGGCAUCUCAGAUAUCUGAAAAAAUAGUUGCUGUAUCAAGUGGAGUUCUUUUCAUUGGUUUUGGCAUCCAAUCCUUCCUCUCACCAAUUGAGUCAUGAUGACCAAUAACAUACACUAAUGGUUAGUGCUCAUGGUGAUUUGAAUGAAUGCGCUAACAUCUUGCUAUAUAUAUACAUAAAAUGUGCAUGAGGACGUACACUCUCCUUUCAAGUUGUCCCUUCUCUCCAUUUCUUUUGUGACAUUCUUGUGACAUCCUCAUAAACUUGCGUUUCAUUUCUGUUGUGAACUAGGGUCUCAAGUUGCUUGUCUUCUGGUGGAUGAUUAGAACUUCCAUUUGAAAAUUGCACAAUUAUAAUUAUGUUGUCUGCUUCCCACGGUAUCUAAUCUCUGACACUUCCUCUGCUUUCUGCCUACAGAUUAGGUUCUGGAAUUGAAAGGUCUUCUGGUGAAUUAAUGAAUGUCACAUUAUGACAUUGAAGAUUUCUUUGUCACUUGCCAAGCCGCACUUUUGAGAACUUAAUGAAUAACUCCUAAUCUCUUGGUUUUGCAUCUACGAAAGUUAGUUUUUCCUUUUUAAAAGAUACAGAAUUAUUUAUCCAUGGAUGAGAUAAUAGAAGGCUUCUUAUUCAGGUUUUUCAGAUUCCUCUGUUGUUUUGUCUAGACAAAGCCUUGUGGUAGAGGAAGUUUGACUUCUCCCCUAAUAUGCAAUAAAUUUUCUCAGAAAUU